CGAGAACUCAUUUGCAAGUUUCCUCUAGGAGAAACAUCUUCGUGUCGUAAUUGUUGUUUUCCCUAUUUCCUCCUCCUUCCCCGGAUCUCCAAUCCCUUAUGCUCCACUAAACCUUCCUUUUACCUCAUGUAUCGCAGACUGUACACUUCCUUGUCUCACACCACACCCUUCCUCUCUCUUCCAUUCCUUCCCAAGCCCCCAACGCUCUUAUCCCUUCUCGCAAAACCUCAAAAUCUCUCCACAAGAUUGCUGUUCACUUCAGCAGCAAAAAUGGCGGAUGCCCAGAAAUCUCAUCCCAUCCCUGCCCUCGAAAAAGCUUCAAAAUCUGAAUUACUCCGUGCCCUUGAGUCCUCUCUGCGGACCACCUUCAGUUCUGACUCAAUCUGCCCCUCCCCAAAUCCUCUAAUCAUUGUCAUUAGCGGUCCCAGUGGAGUGGGUAAAGAUGCAGUCAUCAGGAAACUAAGGGAAGCGCGGGAAAAUCUCCAUUUUGUUGUCACCGCCACCAGCCGCGGUAUGCGGCCUGGUGAGGUAGAUGGAAAAGACUACUUCUUUGUGUCAAAGGAGGAAUUUUUAUCAAUGGUGGAAAAGAAUGAGUUAUUGGAGUAUGCUCUGGUUUAUGGUGAGUACAAAGGAAUACCUAAGAAGCAGAUUAGGGAGUACAUGGCAAAGGGGUACGAUAUUGUCUUGAGGGUGGAUAUACAAGGGGCACAGACGCUGAGGAAGAUUCUUAAGGAUUCCGCUGUGUUUUUAUUUUUGGUAGCAGAGAGCGAGCUGGCGCUGGUGGAGAGGCUGAUUGAAAGGAAGACGGAGAGCAAGGAGGAGUUGCUUGUGAGGGUUGCAACUGCUAGGGAGGAGGUGAGGCAUGUCAAGAACUUUGACUAUGUCGUGGUGAAUGCGCAGGGGAAGCUUGAUGAUGCAGCGAGGUUAGUGGGGUCUAUUAUUGAUGCUGAGAAGGCUAGGGUUCGGCAGAGGAGUGCAGUGAUUUGAUUCCUGGAGGGGAUAACAAUCAUCGUAUGUGGAAAAGCUGAUUUGAGGUUUUUAGAUCUUGCGGGGUACUUCUUAGCAUGCAGUACACAAAUGAUGACAGGUAUUUGCCCUGAGAUUCUUCUAUUCUCACACCUACAUGAGAAGCAUUAACAGAGAGAAAGGAUUAUCUAGUCAUGGAUAUAUUAUCAUGAAAUUCCACACUGUACAUGUUCUGAAUUAUCCCUUGGAUUCCUUUAUCAAUGUAUUUAGAAUAGAUUUCCAUUCUUUCUUGUUUAAAACUUUUAAUGGAAUGUCAAGUCCACUAAUUCAUUUUUUAUGUCUACCUGAAGUCUCCUCUCUUGGCAUAAGGGCUUCUUUUAUUUUAUUUUUGCAAGUUGUGUGUUUGAAUCAGAUAAAUACUAGGAGAAGACGGCAGGCUGGAACUGGAGGUUUUCAGGCUGAAUCUGCAGACAUAAUCUGCCUUCCUAGUAAAAUAAUGAUUGACCAUUUUUGGUAGUCUUCAUCCAUCAAAGGCAAAAGCCUCUUAGUGUCGCUGAAUAAGCUCAAUUUUUUAAGGUGUCGUGUGAUUUAUGUUUUUAUGGGACAUGAAUAUGAUGAUGAUGGAUUAUACCAACCAAUAAGAGUUUAACUGAAUU